AUGAAUGAGAAAGAGCGCAGAUUACUUUAUAAGGAACAUCGUCGACGCGUGCAGAAUGCUAAAAGUGUCGUGAACAGCCAAGCGCCCAAGCCGAAACAAACUGAAGAGCAUCGCGAAUUAACAUUUCUUGAUUUGAUGAAAGCGCUUUACAAUCGAGGCAAUCGACGAACAUUUACUAGUUCACCUAUCCACGUACGCAGUAAUACAAAUGUUGUAGGCAAAAUGCGUUGCCUCAGUUGUCGUCGCUUCACCCAAACAAAUAGGGAGAAAUCGAAUUUAUCGUUGACGGUGAAUUUCAGUAGCCAUACUAGCGAGAAAAUUUUGAAGAAAGAUAAGGCCGUUAAUUACGCUAGCAGGAAAAGAAAUCCGUUCGCAAUACCGCCGCAUGUAAUGCAACGUUAUGAUCAUUUGCAAUUAUCGGAUACUUCACUUCUACGUAAAUUGCUGAGGCCGAAAAUUUUUUUGGAUGUUGAGGUGCGCGAAGAGCGCCCACUCGGCCGUCUAGUUAUACAAUUAUUUACAGAAGCAUGUCCUGAAAUAGUGCUGCAAUUUGUACGUAUCUGCUCAAUGGGAAAUGCGAGUCGGUUUCAUUUCACGCGGCUAUUUCCACCUUUGUGGCUUGAAGGUGAACUGCUUUUAGACGAUUCGAACGCGCUGACUAUUCCCAAUAUUGAGCACGAUCCGAACGCUAUAAAUCAUGGUAGCGCCGCUGGUAUUUUAAGUUUCCCAAGUCGUUAUUUACGGGGAAGUAAAUAUCGCUUUAUAAGUUUUACAGUAAGUUUUAAGCCGGCUGAUGUCUUAAACGGAAAACGGAUAGCUUUCGCUCGUAUACGCCGUGGUCAACAUGUCUUAGACACCCUGCAGGCAUUUGAUGUUACGCGUAAUGGACGCCCAGUAAAAGAUGUUGUAAUAACGUCCUGCGGGGUACUAUGAGCGGGCUUCGCGAGUAUUCGCGAAGUUCCUAUGUACGUUUGUAGUAUUUUUUAUGUAAGCUAAAAUUGUGGUUAAAUUGUAAAAUUUAAAAAUCUAUGUAA